CGAAAAAGAGUUGGCAACUCUAUACUUUGACAACAGAAGAGAGGCAACGUUUGUAAACAAAAACGUUUAUGAAAAUAAAUUCCUCUGAAAAACAAAAUAAAAAUUGAAUAAUGUCUGAAGAAACAGCAUCGACUUCCACCAGUUUUGGUUUCAAAAAACGAAAUAUCAAGAAGCCAGCAUUCCGGAGAAAACAGGAAUCAAGUAAUGAGUCAGAUGCCGGUAGCGCUGAAGAGGAGCAACAGCAAACCUCAGCCGUUGUGCGUUUGGAACAGAGACGUAAACGUGCCAAUCCAAAUUUUCAAAGUACAAAACAUAUCAAAAGCAAAAAGGAACGAAAUAACAAAGACUCCACUUCCAGCAGCAGUGAGGAAAGCGAUGACGAAAAACGUGUAUCGGUAUCGUAUAAAUCCAAACGUACAGCCAUGCCAAGUGGUCCACAGGAUCAGGGUGCAACCUCAGUGCUGGAAAUCGAUACAGAACUCGAUCGUGAUGCCCAGGCGAUACAUGAGAAAGCCAUAAAAGUCAACGAGGAAUUAGAGGGCAAAGCGGAUGAUAAAAUCUAUCGUGGUCUUAACAACUAUGCCCAGUACUAUAAGAAGAAAGAUACAGCGGCCGGCAAUGCUAGUUCGGGUAUGGUACGUAAGGGUCCCAUCAGAGCACCGGCUCACUUACGUGCCACUGUACGUUGGGAUUAUCAGCCAGAUAUUUGUAAGGAUUACAAAGAAACCGGAUAUUGCGGGUUUGGUGAUAGUUGUAAAUUUUUACAUGAUCGCAGUGAUUACAAGGCUGGUUGGCAGUUAGAAUUGGAUCAUGCCGCCCAGCAGAAGGGCGAAUGUGAGUCGGACGAGGAUGAUUCGAAGUAUGAAAUACAUUCCGAUGAGGAAUCGUUGCCGUUUAAAUGUUUCAUAUGUCGUCAGAGUUUUGUUAAUCCUGUGGUAACAAAAUGUAAACAUUAUUUUUGUGAAAAAUGUGCAUUGGAACAUUACAAAAAGUCUCAGCGUUGUUUUAUUUGUUCCCAACAAACAAAUGGUAUUUUCAACCCAGCAAAGGAAUUAAUAGCCCGCCUUAAAAAUGAGGUAGAUGAGGCAGAUCGUCAUGGUCAUAGUGAUUCAGAUGAGGCUAGUGAUUAAGAUAAUGUUGGCGUUUUUUUU